AUGGAGGGGACACGGGGGACACGGCUGGAGGAGCGCGAGAGCCUGGUGGGGGCCGUGCAUGGCGUGUCCGGGCCCGUGGUGACAGCCACGCGCAUGGCGGGGGCGGCCAUGUACGAGCUGGUGCGGGUGGGACACGCGGAGCUCGUGGGGGAGAUCAUCCGGCUCGAGGGGGACAUGGCCACGCUCCAGGUGUACGAGGAGACCUCGGGGGUGCAGGUUGGGGACCCGGUUCGGCGCACGGGGACGCCGCUCUCGGUGGAGCUGGGCCCGGGCAUCCUGGGCUCCAUCUUCGACGGGAUCCAGCGGCCGCUGCGCGACAUCGCCGAGGCCACGCGCAGCAUCUACAUCCCGCGGGGCACCAAUGUCCCCGCGCUGCCGCGACACCUGGACUGGGACUUUGUCCCCAGCAAGAACCUCCGGGUCGGGAGCCACGUGACGGGCGGGGACAUUUACGGCUCGGUGGCGGAGAACUCGCUGCUGCAGCACCGGUUGAUGGUCCCGCCCCGCAGCCGCGGCACCGUCACCUACAUCGCGCCCCCCGGGCACUACAAAGUGACGGACGUGGUGCUGGAGCUGGAGUUCCAGGGGGUCCGUGAGCCGCUCUCCAUGAUCCAGGUGUGGCCGGUCCGGCAGGUCCGGCCCGUGGCCGAGAAGCUCCCGGCCAAUCACCCCCUGCUGACCGGCCAGAGGGUCCUGGACGCGCUGUUCCCGUGCGUGCAGGGCGGCACCACGGCCAUCCCGGGCGCGUUCGGCUGCGGGAAGACGGUGAUCUCGCAGUCCCUGUCCAAGUACUCCAACAGCGACGUCAUCGUCUACGUGGGCUGCGGGGAGCGCGGCAACGAAAUGUCCGAGGUGCUGCGGGACUUCCCCGAGCUGACCAUGGAGGUCGGGGGCCGCUCCGAGUCCAUCAUGAAGCGCACGACGCUCGUGGCCAACACGUCCAACAUGCCCGUGGCUGCGCGAGAGGCCUCCAUCUACACCGGGAUCACGCUGGCCGAGUAUUUCCGGGACAUGGGGCUGCACAGCUGCCUCCUGGCCGACUCCACCUCGCGCUGGGCCGAGGCGCUCCGCGAGAUCUCGGGGCGGCUGGCGGAGAUGCCCGCGGCGGGUACCCCCGACCUGACGGGGAGGGAGGGAGGGGGAAGUGGGACGGAGGGACGCCGUCCCCACAGACAGGGGGCCCGCGUGUCUGGGCCCGCCUGGCCAGCGAGUGCCGGGGCGGCGCGGUGCCUGGGCAGCCAGCGCGAGGGCAGCGUCAGCAUCGUCGGCGCUGCCCCGGGGACCCUGUGCACCCCCCAUACGCGUCCCCCAGGUGUCCCCGGGGGCUUCUCGACUGUCCCCGGGGACACCCUGGGCACGCAGGUGUUCUGGGGGCUGGACAAGAAGCUGGCGCAGCGCAAGCACUUCCCCUCGGUGAACUGGCUGAUCUCGUACUCGCGCUACCUGCGCGCCCUCGAGCCGCACUACGAGCGCGCCCACCCCGAGCUGCCCGCGCUGCGGGACCGCGCCCGCCGCAUCCUGCAGGAGGAGGAGGAGCUGGCCGAGAUCGUGCAGCUCGUGGGGAAGGCGUCGCUGGCCGAGGGUGACAAAGUGACGCUGGAAGUGGCCAAACUGCUCAAGGACGAUUUCCUGCAGCAGAACGGAUACUCGGCCUACGACCGGUUCUGCCCCUUCUACAAGACCGUGGGCAUGCUGCAGAACCUCGUCACCUUCUACGACCUGGCGCGGGGGGCGGUGGAAGGCGCAGGGCCCGAGGAGCAGCGCGUCACCUGGGCCACCAUCCGCGAGGGGCUCGGCGACAUCCUGUACCGCCUGAGCGCCAUGAAGUUCCAGGACCCGGUGCAGGACGGCGAGCAGCGCAUCCUGGCGUGCUACGCGCAGCUGCAGGAGGAGAUGGUGGCGGCGUUCCGCAACCUGGAGGACUGA